CUUUUCCAUGCGUGCCAUGGGGCAGGAGCCAGACUGGCUGGCCCCACAGGCCUCGACUUGAACCAGUGCCUGUGCCUCUGCAGAUCUCAGCAUGCCUUCAGAGACACCCCAGGCCAAAGAGCUUUCUGCAGGGUGCCCCCACAACUUGGGCAUGCACCCAGGGAAUGGAACCCUGGAGCAGAGGCCUUCCGGGGAGAAGGAGCGUGCAUGGAUCCGGCCCGACACCCCGAGCAGGUGCACCUGGCAGCUGGGCACACCGGCCACCGCCUCCCCCCAUCACCACGCCACCCCGGAAAAAUCACCAAAAAUCCUGCCAGACAUCCUGAGAAAGAUCGGCAACACUCCCAUGGUCAGGAUCAACAAGAUUGGGAAGAAUGCGGGCCUGAAGUGCGAGCUCCUGGCCAAGUGUGAGUUCUUCAACGCGGGCGGGAGCGUGAAGGACCGCAUCAGCCUGCGGAUGAUCGAGGACGCCGAGCGGGACGGGACUCUGAAGCCUGGGGACACCAUCAUCGAGCCCACCUCCGGGAACACAGGGAUCGGGCUGGCGCUGGCGGCCGCGGUGAAAGGCUACCGCUGCGUCAUCGUCAUGCCGGAGAAGAUGAGCAUGGAGAAGGUGGACGUCCUGCGGGCCCUGGGCGCCGACAUCGUGAGGACGCCCACCAACGCCCGGUUCGACUCCCCGGAGUCCCACGUGGGCGUGGCGUGGAGGCUGAAGAACGAGAUCCCCAAUUCUCACAUCCUAGACCAGUACCGCAACGCCAGCAAUCCCCUGACGCACUACGACAGCACGGCGGAGGAGAUCCUGCAGCAGUGCGAUGGGAAGCUGGACAUGCUGGUGGCUUCGGCCGGCACAGGCGGCACCAUCACAGGCAUUGCCAGGAAGCUCAAGGAGAAGUGUCCGGGGUGCAUGAUCAUCGGCGUGGACCCCGAGGGCUCCAUCCUGGCCGAGCCUGAGGAGCUGAACCGGACGGAGGUGACGGGCUACGAGGUGGAGGGAAUCGGCUACGACUUCAUCCCCACCGUCCUGGACAGGAAGGUCGUGGACCGGUGGAUCAAGAGCAACGACACGGAGUCCUUCACCUUCUGCCGGAUGUUGAUGGCGCAGGAGGGGCUGCUGUGUGGCGGCAGCUCAGGCAGCGCCAUGGCCGCGGCCGUGAAGGCUGCCCGGGAGCUGCAGGAAGGCCAGCGCUGCGUGGUCAUCCUCCCCGACUCCGUGCGGAACUACAUGUCCAAGUUCUUGAGCGACAAGUGGAUGCUGCAGAAGGGCUUUCUGAAGGAGGAGCUUUCCGGAACCAGGCCCUGGUGGUGGCACCUGCGCGUCCAGGAGCUGAGCCUGCCGGCCCCGCUGACCGUGCUGCCCACGGUCACCUGCGAGCACACCAUCGCCAUCCUGCGCGAGAAGGGCUUCGACCAGGCGCCGGUGGUCAGCGAGUCCGGGGCUAUCCUGGGCAUGGUGACCCUGGGGAACAUGCUGUCCUCCCUGCUCGCUGGAAAGGUGCAGCCGGCCGACCAAGUCUGCAAAGUCCUCUACAAGCAGUUCAAACCGAUCCGCCUGACGGACACGCUGGGCACGCUCUCGCACGCACUGGAGAUGGACCACUUCGCGCUGGUGGUGCACGAGCAGAUCCAGUACCACAGCAGCGGCCAGGCCAGCCAGCGGCAGAUGGUGUUCGGGGUGGUCACUGCCAUCGACCUGCUGAGCUUCGUGGCGGCCAGGGAGCAGGACCAGCAUUGAGGUGCAGUUCAAUAGCUGAAAACCCACAACGCGGGAGCAAAGGCGCAUUCAGGACGUCACGCUGUCCCCUCGCCUCUAAGUCCACA